AUGUUCAAGCAAUAUGUUGCUGCGUUCACUGCAUGUCUGGGAUCUCUUGCAAUGGGUACCGUUUUGGGUUGGACUGCAAAUAUUUCGGAAGAUAUGAAGCACUUCACCUACAACGGAAUUAAUAUUGACGAUGACAGUGUUGGGUGGAUUGGGUCGUUUGCAACUCUAGGAGCAGCAGCAUCUUGUUUACCGAUAGCAUUCUUCUGCAAUAUUGUUGGAAGAAAACGGGCGAUGAUUUGCCUUACUGCACCAUUUAUGGUGGGGUGGUUACUUGUUGUGUUUGCAAAGUGGCUUUGGAUGAUGUACUUGGGACGUUUUUUGACGGGAUUUGCAGGAGGAGCCUUUUGUGUUGCUGCACCGAUUUACAUAAGCGAAAGUACCGAGAAAACUAUACGAGGAGCCUUGGCAAGUUACUUUGAAUUGAUGCUUACUGUAGGAAUUUUGGUAGCGUACAUUUUUUCAAUGUUCCUUGAGAUGAAAGUUUACACAAUUACUAUGGCUAUGUUUCCCAUACUGUUUGUAAUUGCGUUCGCCUUCCAGCCAGAAAGUCCCAUUUUCUACCUCAGGCAAAACGACGUGGAAAAUGCUAAGAAAUCCCUGAUUCGUUUGCGAGGAAACCAUUAUGAUGUGGAUAAGGAAUUGGAAAUUCUGAAACUUGACAUGGUAGAAGAAAAACAGAAGAAAGUUCCAUUUUGUGAGUCAAUUAAAAAGAAGGCAGCGAAGAAAGCCACCUUCAUCACUUUGAUAAUAAUGAUAUUUCAACAAACCAGCGGGAUAAACGCGGUAGUUUUCUACACGACGGCCAUAUUCGAAUCAACAGGUGUUCACAUAGACUCAAAAGUGUCAACAUUAAUUUUCGGCGUUCUCCAACCGAUCGCCACUUUUCUAUCCACAUUCGUCGUGGACCGAUUAGGCCGUAGGAUACUGCUUAUCGCUUCAAAUCUCGGAGUCGGAAUCUCAGUAGCAGUUUUAGCCGUAUUUUUUACGUUACAAAACGCAGACGUCUUUGACGCAGAGACAUUGCACAAGGUGGGAUUUGUGCCUCUUGUUUCUCUUUGCCUGUACUGCGUUACGUACUCAUUUGGGAUGGGUCCGGUAUCAUGGGUGCUUGCAGCCGAGUUAUUUCCCCCGGAAAUUAAUAGUAUCGGAAGUGCUCUGGCGGGAAGUACAAGUUGGGUUUGUGCGUUUAUAGUGACGAAGUUCUAUUUCAAUUUGCAGUCCUCGAUUGGAGGUGACGGAAAAAUUAAGGAAUUGGAGUUACUAACAAAAACAAUUCAACAAAUAGAGGAGAGAAUCACAGAGGAGUUAAAAAAGAACGCCGAAGAACUAAAUAAGAACAAGGAUGAGUUUACAAAACUAAGAGAGGACAUGGAGAAGGCAAGAGAGCAGUGGAGAAAGGAAAAACUUGUAUUAGAAAAACGAAUCGAGGCCUUGGAAAAUCGAGUUGAAGACUCGGAAAGCAAACGUAAGAAGAAGCGAUUAAGGGAUUGCGUGAAAACAAGGGAGAAAUGGAAAAGAAAAUUAUUGAGGCAAGAUUUGGGAUUGAACGUAGUCUGA